GCAAACAGCACGGAUAGAGAGAAAGCCUGAGCAGCAUCCCCCCCUAACACAUUUGGGGAAAACUUUAAACUUCAUGUCCCUGUGAUUUCUGACGUGGGAGAACGCAAUGGACCUCCACAAGAUCAUCCACAAUGCGCUGCACGAAUUUAUCCAGACUUUUAUUCCCGAUGCAGAUCUCAGCACGCUGGAUGAUGUUCUUCUGUCCUACAUCACUGGAGUCUUGGAGGAUCUUGGCUCUCAGCAAGGUGUUGAGGAAAACUUUGAUGUGGAGGUCUUUGGAGAGAUGCUAGAAGCUUAUAUACCUGGCUUUGCCGAAAUUGAGAGUGUCAAGGUCUGUGAGAUGAUGUUCAGCCUGGCUUCAAAACUCGCCACUGCACGGAUUACAGCUGAUGAACAAAAUGGUGUAUCUAAAGCAAAGACAGAAGAAAUUUCACUGAAACUGACCACCAUGUCGACUGAACCUCCACCUGGAAGAGAAACGCAGUGCCUUAAAAAUCAGACAGAGGGCGCCACUGCCAAGCUACCAGUGUCUGAGUGGGAGGCUCAGGAGCAGCACCUCUUGGAGAUGUUUCCAAAAUGCAGUCUGUCUGAGGCUCGCAGUGCUCUGUCUAUUGCCAAAGGAGACAUGGAGGAAGCUGUGCGCCUUAUCAUAGAGGGCGACGUCCAACUCAGCCCAUCUCCUCUUAAUGUCAACCAAGGGAAGAGUAUUUCCUCCCAGGCAGACCACAAACUUAAAGAGAGCAUCCUUGAAAAGUACAUGUUAGUGGACAGGGAGGAUGACAAAAAAACACACCGGCCUGUCGCCCCCAAAGAUGCUCCAAAGAAGCUAGUUCGUUACCAUAGUAACCAGGUGGUCACCACAAAAGGGGAGCGAUAUCAGCUUGUUAACACCAACGAGACAGAGGACAUGAAGAAGACGUAUGUCAACCUCAAGCCUGCAAGAAAGUACAGAUUCCAUUGACGACCAGCACAACACUGUAAGAGCAGCUACUGACGUUUUUGUUUACACUAUUUAUAAUUUAUUCUGUUCAUUUAGCCUCAGUUUGUGAGAUUGUUUUUCCCUAGUUAAGGGCGGUGUUUGUUAGCGAGUCAGUGGCUUAUUUUUCUUUCAAUUCCUUACCGUUAAAUGCCUUGGUUGAAACUUUAAAUUACUGUAGUGUUUCAGUUGCAUUGCUUUUCAUUUCUUUGAGAGCUUUUGGAGAACUGUGCGAUGUUCUGGUGUGGGUGUUGUGACUUGUGUUCUGGUUUGUGUAACAGCCUAACCUCUUUACUUUUUGCCAUCUCAGCAGGUCUGAUGUUGCACUGACAGUGUUGAUAUUUUAAUGUCUAAACUUUUUUUUUUAUCUUGCUGUUUUAUCUUCUUUUGCUUUUUUUACUUGUACUUUUCUCAAUGAGUCACAUAGAGAUUCAUGACCACAAUAACAAAGAUGAGUCCGUUAUUAUCCAUAAAUAUGUUCUAGUGGUGCUGUAACGUUUUUUCUGGACUAGACAAGCCGCAACAUCUUUUUUUUUUUUUACAUGAAAAAUCAUUGACGCCAAUUUGAAUUAAAGAUCUAUUUUUACAUCAUACAGACACAUUGCUGUGAACAGGUUUGGUCAAGCCUUGUGUUUUGGACAGUUUGUUGUGCUACAAAAGGGUUUUGAAACGAACCUGCUGACAUUCAGGUUUUUUUUACUGUCAUGUAUCUUCAUUUAAGUAUUUGCUAUGCCACUUACUGUGUUGAACACUUCAUAGGACUAAUGAUGAACCGACAUCACUGUUUACUUGCAAAGACUAGACUAUAGCUGUUUUCACACAUGCAGUCCUAAACAUUUUAGACAAUUUCAGCCUGCCUUUCCCUGAAAUCUUCUUGAGUAUCUUGUUCACUCGGCUCUCAUAGAGGGAAGUUUUCACUGUCAGACAGGGAGGGUCUAAGGAGUAGGCAAUAUUUUAAUAUUUUGGAAAGAUGGCAGACAAGCGACAGAGUGCAACGCAAUGAUGAUAUCGUUUGCCUAUUUUAUCAGUGCUACAUGUAAUUGGACUUAUUCAUGAGCAGAAACAUAAUUAAGACGUUUCACUACGUGCCUUAAGAUUGCAUUGGUCACAUUGGCUCACGCGACUUCAUAGGAAAUUUAACACAGGGGCUGACGGGAAUAAUUCAGUUUUAAGUCGGGGUGAAAAAUUCAGCUGUUUCUGUUCACACUUGCUGCUCAGCCAGAUAAUUUCUGCAAAAUUUCAGGAGCUUUGUGCACGUGUGAAUACGGCUAAUUGCUCAGUGCAUGAUUUAGUUGAACUCAGUUUGAGUUAUCUGGAUUCAGCUGAACUGUUUUUCUUUGUCUGUGUUGCAGAUUACAGCAAUAUAGUCCUUGUCCUUAUUGCUAUAUUCACCUACAUGAUUAUUCAAAAUGUAUUUUAAGUCCCCAUGAAAUGGAACUUUGAGAGUAUCUGACUGCCUUGUCGUGAACCAAUCACAAGAUAGAAGGCGGGACAUAAUGUUGUGAUCAGUUUAGUUGGAUUGAAUUGGUCAAGAAAUAAGUCAACGGCCCUAAAUGCAGGACGAGUCAUCAGACAUUUGAAACGUUUCGCAGAAAGAGAAAAUACGGUUAUUUUGGAUGUAAAAAUACCCAGAUAAUGCUUUAUUGAAAUGUAUUUAUACAUUUCAUGGGAACUUUAACUUAAAGUUGUGUUGCUUAGAAUAAGUGAAAAGCCUUGGGCAGCAUAGGAGGUUAAAUAUUUGUGACACAACUGGACCCUGACAACUCAAGCGUACUGUACUUAUUUUGACAUGCCUUAAAUGAAACUGUAUUACUCAACAUUUAUAGAAAACACUGUGUCUCUACCUGCAAACUCUUUUGUAGCACAACAUACUGACCUCACAGGGGGUUUACAAACUGUUACAGCACUGUUAUCUUUUGGCAUAAUGAAGAAGACUGUGGUCGCCCCAUAAAGGUCAAGCAUGAUGACAUGCUGCUGGAGGACUUGAUCUCAAAGUGAUUUCCUAAAGCACUGCUUUAUUUUUGAUAUAGAUGUUUAGAUUUCCAAAGUCUCCUGCUUCUUGUGAAGAGGCCUGUAGUGUGUUUUCAGGUUCUGUAUACAUGAUGUUACUGACGUGUUCCCUUAUCAGAACUCCAUGCAUCUCAUCUGUGCUGUGUGGAUUUUUGCUUCGCUUGUGACUGUUAGUUGUGAAUAUUUGAUUAUGAUUGGACUCCUAUUUUUGAUUCUUGUUAGUUAUAUAAUAGGAUCAAUUGAUUGGUUAGUUUUCAUUACUAUUUGUGUUUCUCUGCAUCCAUUUGGAGCAGCUAUAAGCUAUUGUUUUUGAGUGGUGGUGUAUUAUAGUUUUCCUGACUGUAGGUGUAAAACAAUGGAGUGUUAUUACCGAUACUUGUCAUCAUCAGAAGCAAUGUUGUCUUUAAUAAGAAUAUGAUGGCGUUAUUGUAAAGCUUGAAUGGAUAACUUCAGUUCAACCCUGCGCUUUGAAAAACCUCUGACGCACAAUUUAUAGAAAAUAAAACUAAUUUUUGUAGAUCGUU